UGGGAAACUUUUUUCAACUUCCUCCUCCCUAGAAUCAGUGAUGAGAAGCUGUUCAUACCUACUGCUUUUCAGUUUGAGUAUUAGUCAACUUUUCACGUUCUAGAGGAACACAAUGACUAUAGGAAAAGCUAACAUUUCUGUUACCAGAAAGUGAUCUAAAAUGGCGAAUGUUCCCGAACUGCUGCUGCUGAGUUUUCAGCACCUGGAUUCAGGCGAGCUGGAGACAUUUCAGUGGUACUUAAAGGGGCAUGUGUUGGAUGGAUUUCCUAGCAUCCCAAAGAGCCAGCUGGAGAAUGCUAACAGACAGGUCACAGUGGAUAAGAUGGUGGAGAGUUACAGCAAUGAGGGAGCUGUGCAAAUCACACUGGAUAUCCUGAGGAAAAUGAGCCUGAACAAUCUCUCAGAAAAUGUUGAGAAGAACUACAAAGCAGCAAUCUCUCGGAAGCGGUUAUGGAAGCAGGCUGAGAGGGAUGAACUGAAUGAGGAGGUCCCAAGCGGCUCAUAUGAACUGUCAUCUGUGUCUGAUAGGAAGCGUGGUCGUCUGACGUCUGUGACCUCUAGGCUGGGGGAAGAGCUGGAGGAUCUGGGCAAGAAGACACAGGCUGAGUGGGAUGAGCUGAUCAGGGACUCAUCUGGAAUGUUGGCCCCGUCUAGGGUGGAGCAUAAUCAACUGGAGAUCACUAGGCUGAAGGAGAAGCAGAAGGAACUGAUCAUGAAGGAAACCCAGCUUGUUGAGUGUAUGAUAGUGGUUGUUCUGCAGCGACUUAAUGAAGUAAAGCUGCAGCAAUUUCAGUGGCACCUGACUAAGGGGAAGUUGGAAGUCUUCGAUCCCAUCCCAAAGGACCAGCUGAAGAAAGGUGACAGGAAAGACACAGUGGAUAAGAUGGUGGACAAGUACAGUCCUGACGGAGCUGUGGGAAUCACAGUAAAGAUUCUGAGAAAGAUUAAGCUAAACGAUCUCGCUGUUGAGUUAGAAAAUAACUACAGAGAAGCGGAGGGAGCAAAAGGACAUGUUAAUGGGGAAAGUCGAUUCCUCCACUCAAACUCUGGCCACCUCUCCAACUCACCAGAAUGGAUGCCUGCCAAUCUAAUGUUUCUGGAAAUAAGAGCUUUGGUGUAAUGUAAAAAAAUUUUUUAAACGUUUUAUUUUAUUUAUAUUGAAUAAUUCUGUGUUUUACAAGACAGACGAAGAGCAUUACAUUUCCUCAAGAAUUUAGGUGAUCAAGGCAACAUCUUAUCACACAAUCUUAUGAGCUGAUAUGGUGUCUGUUGGACACCAUUGGACAUAAGCACAACAUUUUUUAUGAAGAUGUACAUACACCAUUUACUGGCAGUAAAAGUGUCGCAUAAGUAAAUAAUUUCAUUAUUUCUCAGUGUUUUAGAAUGAGUUACUUGUUAUAUGUGUGCCCGAUGCCACCAAUCAUCUCUGAUUCUCUGCUGGGCACGCAAUGUCAAGUGCGGAAUAUUUAGUGUGGCCUCGUUCAAAUAAUCCAUAGCCUAUACGAAGUGCAUGCUCAGAGAAGCACAAAUUAUAUUUCUAAGAAAAUGUACUUCCUAAAUAUGAUAGGCUAUUUACGUUGACUGGAAAUAAGUAUUGAUUGGCUACAUUAAUUUGUCUAUGUCAGAUGUGUGCGUACUGGUAGUGAAGUCAGGUGCAGGAGAGCAGAGAUUUGGCGCAUACUUUAUUUAGGCAAAAGUGCAAAAUGCGCAAAACAGUCACAAGAAUUAUGUUUAACAAUAAACAUCCUUCGUGAAAAAUAACACGGAAAAACAAGCCAGUCUGGCGCGUCAACAAUACACAGGUAACACAAAAAAAUCGUACACAAAGACAUGAUGGGGAACAGAGGAAUAAAUACAUGUAUAAUGAUUGGGGAAUGAAAACCAGGUGUGCAGGGAACAAGACAAAACAAAUGGAUACAUGAAAAAUGGAGCGGCGAUGGCUAGAAAGCCGGAGACGUCGACCAUCGAACGCCGCCCGAACAAGGAGAGGAGCCGACUUCGGCGGAAGUCGUGACAGUCUAGGCCUGUGAAUCGUAGGUUACUCCUCCUGGAUGUUAUGCAAAACUUUGCAAGUCAAGGGAACAUUUUCAGACAAUCUAUGUGCACAAAUUUGGAAUUAAAUGUUGAUGGAAUCGGGGCUAGUUGUCUGUCCCAGUGCCAUAGAAAUAGGGAGUUUGACAAACCCUGUUUUAUAUAAGAAUUCUCAUUUUAUUUUCAUGCUAGCACCAAGAGAUCAACCCGGAAGGUUGUAGGCUAUAACGGAUAAGGAGAGUGAGGUUGUCUGCUGUGGUCUGUGAACCCACAACCUUCCGGGCUGCAGCCCUGUGCGCUAUCAAAAGUGCUAUUGUAAUCCUUGAAAGUACUGUUUGCUUUUAAAAUAAGUAAAGGGUUCAAUUGGGCUGUGCACUCCUAAUAACCUCAAUGUCUUAAUAUGUAUUACUGUAGUAACCACACUCAAGAAACAGUAUGAAUGAUCCUUUUAUAUUAUUUUCUUUCAGGAGUAAAAUUAUUUAAAUGACUUUAUGGUGUGAAAUUUAACAAUACAGAUAAUGAAUCAACAAUUAAUUCAAUCAAUACAACAAAAAGUCCUAAGUUGUACACAAGCACAACCAUGAAUUUGUCCAACGUAGUAUGUUGGAUUUUACUUGCAUGAAACAGUUCAGCGGUGAUGAAUUAAAGGAAUUUUGCAGUCUGUUGUGGUCCUUGACGUCCACAGAGCUGUAGAGUAAACCAGUCGAAUCCCACAAGGGGAGCUCCAACCAAUGAUUUAUAUAUAUGUACUAGAUAACUAAUAGAGGUCGCUGUGUUAAAGCCACCAUGCCUCCAUCUUGGCACUCCCUCACAAUUGUAAAAAAUAUUUUGGAACGUAUUUAAACCCACAGUGGAGGUGUCAUAAUACCCAUACCCAACCUAGCUGUCAAACAGGGAAAUGGUUCCAAUCGUUUUCCCACCAUUAAUUUGUCCCAUCAGGGAUUUUAGAAACACUUAAAAUAAGGGCCGUGUUCCGUGUGGGUUUACCCUGGCAUGACAUUUUGAUAACCAUGUAAAUCGCUCUCGGAUAAGGUGACUUUUAUCAAUAUAUUUGGUUCUAUUUACACUCAGAUUCUAAAAGGGUAAUUGGCAUCAAAGUAGACAUCAUGUAAAACUACAAAUCCCUGCAAACUCCUGCACGUCAUCUCUAGCUGACACCUUUUUGGGGGGGGGGGGAAAUACAAGCAAAUAUAUUGAUAAAAGCCACCCUGUCCUAGAGAGAUUUACACGGUUAUCAAAAUGAAUGGUGGAAAAACAUUUGGAACAAUUUGACCACUAGGUUUUAUGAGUAUUAUGAGUCAUAGUGUGGUACUCCAUAUGCAUUUAUUAACUUCUACAUUCGUUUUUGCCACAUUUACUAUAUUACAGACACUUUUAUGCAUUGUUUCAAAGUAUAUUGUGAGGUAAACAGAAAAAAUAAACAAAUACUUAAAACA